AUGUCAGACUACGAAGAUGAAAUGGACGUUGAUGUGCCCGCUGCUCAGUCCUCGAUCCAAUUCUCGUCAAACUCAAACGAGAAGGGCAAAAGAAGCGCCGCCAACCUGCCAGUCGAGCUACAGGACACACUACCAUGGGUGGAGAAGUAUCGACCAAACACUCUCGACGACGUCUCGGGUCAUCAAGACAUUCUAGCGACAAUCAACAAGUUCGUCGACAGCAACAGAUUGCCCCAUCUUUUACUCUACGGCCCUCCCGGUACCGGCAAAACCUCGACCGUCCUUGCUCUCGCCCGUCGUAUCUAUGGGAACAAGAAUAUGCGCCAGAUGGUCCUCGAGCUUAACGCUUCCGACGAUCGUGGUAUCGAUGUCGUCCGCGAGCAGAUCAAGACCUUCUCUAGCACAAAACAAAUCUUCACCUCCUUUGGCGACAAGUCCGGUGGCGACAGCAGUCCGGCUAACUUCAAGCUCAUCAUUCUCGAUGAGGCUGAUGCUAUGACAUCGACUGCUCAAAUGGCUCUGCGAAGAAUCAUGGAGAAAUACACGUCCAACACCCGUUUCUGCAUCAUUGCCAACUACACUCACAAACUCUCGCCUGCUUUGCUAUCACGUUGUACUCGCUUCCGCUUCUCUCCACUCAAGGAGGCCGAUAUUCGACGUCUGGUCGAUAUCGUCAUCGAGAAGGAAGACGUCAACAUAGCCCCUGACGCCACAGACUCUCUUGUCACAUUGUCAAAGGGUGACAUGCGUCGCGCACUCAACGUCCUGCAAGCUUGCCACGCUUCAUCAACGCCACUUCAUCUACCAGGUCAGGCACCCGCCCAAGGAGCAAAGAUCGACCGCGACCUAAUCACAAAUGAAACAAUCUUCGACUGCAUCGCUGCACCACAUCCUGCUGACAUUGCAACCAUUCGAGACACGCUACUAUCCAACGCUGAUGUGACUUCAUGUCUCGCAACAAUCAACACACUCAAGGCAAACAAAGGUCUGGCUCUUGCUGACAUCCUCACUGCUCUCGGUGAAGAGCUUGCGAACCUAGAAGUCCCAGCUCACACAAAGGUCGCAUGGCUUCAAGGCCUGGCCGAGAUUGAGCACAGACUGAGUGGUGGUGGUAGUGAGAACCUCCAGACUGGUGGUCUGGUCGGCACUGUCAGAAACGGCUGCGAGAUUAUGGAGAAUAAGAGCAAAUGA